AUGGUCGGACCCUUCAAGACCGCUCCGGGCGACUACACCCACAUCUUCAUGGCAGUCAACAAAUUCACCAAGUGGAUUGAGCUCAAGGUUGUCACCAGCAUCGAGUCGGCUAAAGCCGCUCAGUUCAUGGAGGAAAUCACACACUGCUUUGGAGUACCAAACAGGAUCAUCACCUACCUUGGCAAGCAUUUCACAGGUUCCGAGUUCUGGGACUUUUGCAAGGACAAUCUCAUCAAUGUGUACUACUCCUCACUACCGCACCCGCGCUACAACGGUCUACGAACCCAGAAGAGCCAAGCUACCGGCUACACACCUUUCUUCAUGGUGUACAGCUCAGAGGCCAUCCUGCCAUCCGUCGUGGCCUUUGGCACCCCACGCAUCUAG